ACUUAUUUCCAAGAUCACUUGAAGUUUCAAUUUUAUUUAGAUUUUUUUAUGUUUAUUUUUGUUUCACAGUGUUGACUAACAAAUUGUUAGUUUUAAUGAGAGUGAGCCACUGUGAUUGAAGACACUACAGGCUGAUUGAAACAAAAAUUUGCUACUGAAACUUAUAAAACUACAUAAGUAUGAAAGAACGUUAAGUUAGAGUAAAGCAAAAGCUUUCUGUAGAUAAGAUAGAUUUAAGGAUGUAGGUGACCCAAGAGUGUAAAUGUCUUGGUACAAGCAAAAAUUCCAGGCAGUGUAUGUCAGAUUUUCAAGGCAGUGGAAUUGGUGGGGUGUAAGUCAAGGGAUCCAAACAGUAAAAAGGGACUCAUGUAAAACAUCUUGGUUACACAUGAAACAAACAGGAAUGCUCCCUGAGAUAAUGAAGGCAUGAUAUGAGGAAAGAGUCGAGUGGGAAAUGGAACAACAGACCUGAGCAGAGGGAUCUGCUGGCUGGUGGGCAGGUGGAGGAGGGGCACAACCUCCUCAAGUCUUCUCUCCCACCCUCAGAAUCCUUUCCCUUUGUGACUCUUCAAUGGUGUGUGAUGCAAGCCUGGAGAUAUAGAGAAGCCCAGGCACCCUCAGAACUCAUUUGCCUUAGGCAACCGAGCAAUUCAGAAGAUGAAGAAUGUUUUCUCUUUGCUGAAUAGCCAUACUGAACCAUGGUUGAUCUUGGUUCAAUUCUUUGGGAUAUUGAUCCCAAAAGUACCAUUUUGAGUGGGUUGGUGUUGCUUUUUCUAUUCCUGUCCUUUCAGGUAUUGAAACGAUUUUCACCAACACUCGAGAAAAAUAAAGCCAUCCAGAAGAAGGUAAGGAAGCAGAGAAGAGUUGUCCAAUUCUUGCCUAAUGAAUGUCUAAGCUUGUUAACAAAAGGAGUAAAAGAAAUGAGCCCCAGCCCCUCAUUCUUUUCUUUUUGUUUUCAGCGUCAGGGAACAAAGAGAAGGAGAAAUGGAGUAUCUAAAGGUCGGAGAACUUGCCGGAGAGAAGUAGAGGAGGGGAGGAAGCUGCUUUCUAGUCUGAAAAGUCCCAUGAGCCAGAAUAAUGAUUUCCUCCACUUUCUGCAACUGUUAUGUAAAUGCCCGCUCUGUGGGGUGUAUAACAGAACAGGAGCUAAGGUCAGUCAACUGAUCUGUAAGGCGUUCUUGGAAAAUGCUCUUAAUUCUGUGUCCCGUGUGUCUUCCGUGACGUCUGUGAGAGAGUCAUCAGUUUUUUGGUCCGCUGUUGUCUCUGCAAUCCCUCUGGGAGCUUCAGUUUCAACUCCUUUAACUGAGCCAACUCUAUUUCCUUCCUCUAUUCGUUCACCUGACCAAAUUACCCCUUUAAUGGACCUACCUGGACCCUCAUUACUGGGUGACUCUCUGCCACCAGAGCCUUCUCCCUUGAGUUCAAAAUUGCCAGUGGAUCAUAUCCCACCUCAACCAUCUGUUCCAACUCCUCCCCCACCUGUUCCAACCCUUCCCCCACCAACUGACAGUCAAGAAGCAAAACCUGUUCUCCAACCAGAAGCCCCUUUGUCUCUGGUGGAUAGCCCUGAUGGGUUGUCUACUAAUGUCCCAACAACCACAUGCACUGACAGUGCAAGCCUUCCAGUGUCAGAGUUCUCUGGAAACCAGUCUCAUGCUGAAAACUUGUCUCCAUCUAAAUUGGAGCACUCUGAUGAUGACAAAAACCUCCUCGACCUCCAUCCUCCUGAGGCCUCUUUUGAGAGUGAUACUACAGCCAUCCUUGUAGAGCACGGAAACCUCUCAUUUCUAUGCCCUGAUGUCUUGGCCCUUCUGGAGAGACAUAUAAAAAAGAAGGGUGGUUUCCUGAUGCAGAACAAAAAGAAAAAGGAAAAAAAAUCUUUUCCAAAAGAACUUAAGCCAGACGACCAAUUGAAUUCUUCAGGGAAAAGGUUAGAGUCAGUUGCUGAGCAACAGGACUCACCUGUCUCCCUUCCUUUACAGAGCAGUGAAGGCAAAUCAGAGGGAUUGCAGGUAGACCACCAGUCCUCAGAUCCUAAGACCUUUGAGGAUAACUUACCUAAAAAAUGUACCCAAUUCUUCUAUGGUCUCCCAUCUUUGCAUAGUGAGUCCUUGAAAUCUAUAGUUCCCGUCUCAGGUGACUGUUCAACCUAUGUCUGCUUCAAUUCAAUGCCCACUUUCUUUGAAGCCCCUGAAUCUCUAGUUCUACCCCCUCCCCCAACUCUGUCCUUGCCUGAGAUCCAAUCUCAACCCUUGACCCAAGCACUGUGCCAAUCUCCUGUCCCACCUCAGGACCAGCUUCAGUGCCAAUCUCCUGUCCCACCCCAGGACCAGCUUCAAUUCUCGGUCCCUACCUUGUCACCACCCAUUUCAUCUCAGGUUAGUGAUGGUGGAGUGAGGAUUCAUAGAUUCCAGGAUGAGGUACACUCUCUCAUGCCAUCCAAAAUUCAUGACUUGGAAUAUAAUGUAUUAGAGAAAGGACAGGAAAGUUUGUGGGGUUUACCCUCUGUGGUUCAAAAAUCCAAGGAAGAGUUUUGUCCUGCAGCUCCCAGUGUUUUAUCUGAUUGUCGGUCCUCCAAGGCUUAUGCUCCAACAACCAUCAUUCCGGGAGAUUUUCCCCUCAAAAAAGAGCUUCGGAAGAAGCUAGAGCACCACCUUCGGAAAAGGCUUAUUCAACACCAGUGGGGUCUGCCCUGCAGAGUCCUUGAGUGUCUGUCAAGGAUGAGUCCUGAAACAGAAAUUUCCGAAAUAUCUGAGUCAAAGUCCACUUACGGACUUUCAUGGAUCUCUUUGUUUAAGGGUCAAAGUAGCAAAGAUUUACAAUUGAGCCAUCCCAGAAGUUUCCAUGAGAAGAGCUCAGAAUUACUUCCACUAGAGGAGAGAAUGAAGAAAGUAAAUAGUCUAGAGAUUGGCACAAAAGAUGAUCCAUUGAGUGACUCAGAGGGGGCUCCAGAUAAUGAUCUGGACUCUGACUUUAAGACAAACCUAAAAAACGAAUUGAAUAGUCUUUUUGGAAAAAAAUCAAAGAUCUCAGAGGAGAGCUCAGUUCAGAAACAACUGACAGAAGCCCUAGAAAUACAUUUGAGCAAGAAAUUUGAGGAAAUCCAUGUGUGUCAGAUGCCUGGCACCGUGAAUAGAUCAUUGCAUUCUAUGGAGCCAGUAUUGAUUAGUCCUGAGAAAUCCCUUAGCCAAACGAAACACAGAGAUUUGGUACCACUGGUGUGUAAGGACAAGGGCCUCAAUACCUCCCAGGAUAUAUCCUUCCUUGGUUCCAACAAACAAAAGAUCUUGGAAGACCAUAUUAAACUGUUCCAUAAGAGGAUGAUGUGUGGGCUUCCUCAAAAGGUCCAGGAAUCCAUAGACAUCUUCAAAAUGAAAGGAACCCCAUCCUGGUCCUCAGUUCGCUCCAACAUUUCCUCCUCAUCCAGUCUUACUUCUGGCAAGUAUUCCAAAAUUGGGGUCUCCAAGCCCCUUAAAGAAAGCAUUAGUACUUUUCACGUAAAUAAGGUGGGAACAAUAAUUUCAGGCCCUACUCUAGAUCAUCCUCUUUCUGCCACUUCACCUGUGAGCAAGGAAAAUAAGAGGGCCCUAACACAUUCACCCUCUCACACCAACCCUGAGCUUACAGAGAAUGUCAAGGCAAUUGAGGGUGACAGACGGGCUUCGUUGCCCUUCCCACACAGUGACAAAGAUAAAGACAGUCAGAAACAGACUGUAAUAGCCAAUAAAUGCAGCCCAAAGUUGCCCACAAAGCAGGCUGGGGCCAGACCCAAAUCAUGGAAUAAGGGAGUGAGUCCCAGCAAUAGUAUAGAAAAUAUCCAGAGAAAAAUGAUUAAGAAUUUAAAAUAUUUUCCCAUGUCUAACAAGUCCAGGGAGAUAUUCAAGGCAAAGGAGCUCUGUGCUAUUCGAUCACAGUCUACGAACAGCCUGACGACCACAGAGUCAGAAAGCUCCUCAGUGACAGAUAUGAAUAUGAGUAAAGUUGAAUCAACUCUAACCAUUGAAGGGCCCCCAGAAGGAAUAUCAGUUCUCAAAGAUUCCGAAUCAUUAGAUCUUAAAAAUCAGUUGCUUAAUGAGUUGAAGAUGAAAAUCGAGAGCAGGGAGCGGGGCCUGGUUCCAGCCUUUUCUACUGAGUUGUCUCUGGCCUUAGAUAAGUUGACUUCCAAGACCCUGGCUUCCAAGACCUUAGCUUCCAAAACCUUGACUUGCAAGACCUUGACUUCCUUCACUCAUUUUCAUAGUGCCUCUAGUGGGGACAUGGCAGCUCCCCAGGUGCUACAAGUCCACUGUGACAACAGAGGGAUCAACAUAGAGCAGGGGCAAGAACACGGAAUCCCUACACAUGUCUUAUGCAAGUGUCAGGACAAGAAUGUACCCUUAGCAUCAAAAAGGGUGUGCCCUCUGGUACCCCAAACAGGCAAGUUAGGUGGAGGGGAUGCAGGGUUGGUGACACACCAACCUAGAGGGAAGCUCCCCCACCCUCAAGACAGAACACUAAAGGAGGCACUUGGGAGCAAGUCCUCCUCAGCCCCAUCACUGAAGGGACAGCCUUCUAAAAGCCAGUUCAAACACUUUUUUCAAAGGCUUUAUCUUGGUAUAAAAGGCAAAGGGCAAGGAGGUUCUCUGGAAAAGGGCAGCUCUUCAUCAUCUGUGCAAGGCAGAAACCCAGCUAAGAAGAGAGCUGCCUUUACUGGGAAUACUGAAGCUCAGAAAAUCAUGACAGACAUUGGGAUCCUAGAGGAGAAACUAGCAGGUCGGCAUGGAGUAGAGGCCACCGCCCCACAAAAGCCUCUUUCCACCCCCAUGAGGCCUGGGAAAAUUCAGCACAAGACUGGAUUGCCGGUUCAGGCAGAACCCAUCCAGAAACAUGACUUCAAUGUCAAUACUCCCUGUGCUAAGGUGCCAAGUGCCAAAUCUUGCAGCCAAGAAGUUGGCUUUGCUGGUCAGUGGUAUCUUAUAGGGAAUAAUAAAUGGGUCAUGGACAGGGGCAGACAGCCCCAGAAAAGUGUACAGCCGCACAAGGAACCCUUGCCCCAUCUGAAUACUACAUGCAAAUAUAGAGUUGGUCAGGUGGCUCCAGCUGCUGCUCCUUUUGCUAAAGGCACUAUGUUGGGAGAGUUGUCCCUAUUGUUCAAACAGAAAAUGCUUCUCCAGAAUUUUCAGAAAGAAAAUUUUCUUCCCCCCAAAUAAUUUAUCCCUUUUUGAGAAUACUGAUUUUCCCCAAUAAAUUUUCUAACAAUA